CCUAAGUUCUUUGAACUUACCGCCAGCUUGGACUAGACCAGAAGGUCUGUUUCCAUGGCGACGGCUUCACACGUGACGCACAAAGAGUGUCAGUUUGUGCUCGGCUCACACGUCGGUCAGGUCACGUUUUGACAGACGACAUGGAUUUACAAGCUGCAUCUGUGGAAGAUGAUAAUGCUACUGUCCAAACAUUACAAUAAUUACAGUAAUAACAUUGAUGCAACACUUUCCUGACUUAUCUUUUUUGACGACAUUAAAAGUAGAACCAGAGGAAGGCAAUGUACUUGUCAGCUUUUCUCUUCAAAUAGAAAAAGGUGACGCUUAAACACAUGACGUGAACAAACUUUAAAUGGCAAAAAGCAAGCAAACAAAAUAUGGUAAGUGUCAACAUGAUUUAAUUGUCAGUAAUAGGAGAAUCAGGGAAUUAUAGUGCCCCUCCCUACCCUAUACGCAUAUGUGGGGGACCCGUUUUGUGUGAAGAGGAGCAGGUAAAUGUUCAGUGAAUGACAGGGCACUUAAUAUGAAAUGUAUAUUUGCUGAUGAGAAUAUAAUGGCAAAUUUCCCUGAAUAUUUACACAUUUUGCACACAAAAAAUGGGGGCAAUUUCCCAUCAAUGUGUUUUAGUAUAAAGCAUGCAUUACAUUUAAUUUGAGUUUCAUUAAUAAAAAAUGUUUCGCAUAACUAAAGAGGGCGGGCCACCAUAUAAAAUUCUACUCGGGGCCCAAUUUGAGAAGGGGUAGGAUGUGAUGUUCCUUAAUGUAAAGCAUAUUUUAAAAUAACUACACAUUAAAAAAAAGAAGGGAAAAAAAGUAGAUUUUAUGAUGAAAUACUGUUAGCUCAGUGGCCAGAAUUUUACUGUAAAAAUAAGUGGUACCAUUUUUCCAUUUACAGUAAUAGACUGUAAAAAAAAAACACAUAUUCUGGCAAUUGAGCUGCCAAUUUCUUACUGUAAAAUCUACAGAUUUUUUUUACAGUGCACCAUACCAAAUAAUGACCUUUGACCUGUGCAUGUGAGACAUGAUGUAAGCUUUUUUUUUACUCUGGCAGACUAGGAAUAAGAACAAAAUUGAGUGAAAUUUGAAGCGUUGCGUGCACCUGAACCCGUCAACACGGGUGUCUAAAUCGGCCGUGCAACACGAUAGGCGGGAGGCUGAUGUUGCGUGACGGCAGCUGCACUGUAAGUCGGCACUCCGGCGAUUAAGAAGCGAGGCGGCGGCCAUGGAGCGCAUCGUUAUCCGUCUGAGCCACUGCCACAAGGACAUCUUCUGCUUCUCACUACCGGAGGAGUGUCCCGCCUGUGGGGAACGACUGAAGGGAGGCAGGCUUCAGGAGGCGCCGGUCAGCCUGCCCUCCCCGCUGGCUGACGGACACAAGAGCUCCUGCUGCCUCCUCAUCACACCCACUGAUGACAACAUGCACAGUGACUUUGAAGGAACAUCAGAUCUGCACACUGGUAUCUCCAGCACUUCAGGAGUUGUGUACAACUACACUGAGAGAGGAGUAAGCAGAGACGUGAGUGGCUGGCAACACUGCGUCAGCAUCCCUCUGGUCAGACCUGACAGGUUCCACCUCCUGGCUCAAUGGGAUCAGUACCUGGACCGCUUCUCAGACGUACCCUUGUGGGACCCUACCUGGCACAGCUUCGACGAAGACAACCACAACUGCUUCAGUUUUUGUCUCCAGUUCAUCAACAGCGUGCUGUCGGUGGAGGGACGACCUCCUCUGACCAGAGAAACGUUCACCCGCACUUUCAUCCUGCCGAGAAUGGCGAGGGUCUCCAAGUACAUGACGCUGUGCAGACAUAUCGAGAAAGAAUACUUCUAUGUGGUGAACAGACAGGCCGAGGGCCAAGACGAAGCCUGAGUAGGAUGCUAAUGUACAAGACUUACAUAAUUUCAACUUUUUAUCCGUGUUAAUUGUUGUAUGUUUUACCAAUAAAGCAGUUGUCAGAUGUGUCUAUAUAUUUAUAAUUAUAAUCUGAUUAAAACUGAGAUAGGCUCCAGCACCCCCCGCGACCCCGAAAGGAACACGCGGUAGA